GGGCGGGCGCGGUUUAAAGGCGGCGGCGCAGCGGGGGCCGGCGGUGGCGGCGGCGCGGCGAGCCGAGGAGCGGAGGCAAGGAAGGAUGCUGAAGAGCUGCGGGAGGAAGCUGCUCCUGUCCCUCGUGGGCUCCAUGUUCACCUGCCUGCUGGUGCUCAUGGUGGAGCCGCCGGCGAGGCCGGGGCUGGCCCGGGGGGAGGCCGGCGGGGCGCAGCGGGCGCUGCAGAGCCUGGGGGCGGCGGCGGCCGCGGCUCCUCCGGCGGCGCAGGGGCCGCCCGGGCUCCGCAGCUUCGCCGAUUACUUCGGGCGGCUGAGCCGAGCGCGGCGGGAGCUGCCCCCGGCCCCGCCGAGCCCCCCGCGACCCCCGGCCGAGGACAUCUCCCCCCGCGAUGUCUUCAUUGCCGUCAAGACCACCAAGAAGUUUCACAAGGCGCGGCUGGAGCUGCUGCUCGACACCUGGAUCUCCCGCAACCGCGACAUGACCUUCAUCUUCACUGACGGGGAGGAUGAGGAGCUGAAGAAGCAAGCACGAAACGUCAUCAACACCAACUGCUCUGCUGCCCACAGCCGCCAGGCCCUGUCCUGCAAGAUGGCCGUGGAGUACGACAAGUUCAUUGAGUCCGGCAGAAAGUGGUUCUGCCACGUGGACGAUGACAACUACGUGAACGUGCGGAUGCUGGUGAAGCUGCUCUCCAGCUACCCCCACACACAGGACAUCUACAUCGGGAAGCCCAGCCUGGACCGGCCCAUCCAGGCCACGGAGAGGAUCAGUGAGAACAAGAUGCAUCCUGUGCACUUCUGGUUUGCCACGGGUGGAGCAGGGUUCUGUAUCAGCCGGGGGCUGGCACUGAAGAUGAGCCCUUGGGCCAGCGGGGGUCACUUCAUGAGCACUGCAGAGAAGAUCCGCCUGCCCGACGACUGCACCAUCGGCUACAUCAUCGAGUCUGUGCUGGGCGUGAAGCUCAUCCGGAGCAACCUCUUCCACUCCCACCUGGAGAACCUCCACCAGGUGCCCAAGUCGGAGAUCCACAAACAGGUGACACUGAGCUACGGCAUGUUCGAAAACAAGCGCAACUCCAUCCACAUGAAAGGAGCCUUCUCCGUCGAGGAGGACCCAUCCAGGUUCCGCUCCGUGCACUGCCUGCUGUACCCCGACACGCCGUGGUGCCCCACCAACAUGGUUUACUAGGAGGUGCACGUGCCCUCCAGCCUCGUCCCGAGUUUCCCCGGUAUCCGACGGGCGUGCGGGACCUGCGUGCGGGUGUGUCGGUCCGGCCUCGCCGGACGGACGGACGGACGUCGUUGCUGUGGUAUUGCACAGUGUGUGUGUACUGAAGGCUGCUGUGC